AUGAAUCCUCGUACUGCUGACAUUCAACAAUCCAUAUGGAAAGACUUUUCGGAAGACACGUUUCGCAGCCAUCUGGUGCUUCUCGAAGAGCGGACGAAUGCAGUCCCGGUGGACUCUCAGUUGUUUCCAGUCGCCUCGCUUGCAGAAACACGGUCCGCUAGACACUAUGGCUUGUCAAUCAGAGAUGAACAGACACUCGCAGAUGCCUUUGCUUUCCUGGCUGCCGUGCAAGAAGGCGCUCAGAGUGUUGCUGCAGUUUGUCUAGAAGAACACAUUCGUCAGCACACGCUCACUGUCCGCUUUGCUGCUGUAGACACCAUUAGUUUGGACCUACAACAAGCUCUGCACACUGUCAGUAUAAUACUGGGUGCCUCUGGCAGUCCUGACGACAGAGACCUUCGGUCCAAAGAGCUAUUCCACUUUGUGGUAAGGCUUCAUUUUAAGCGCAUCCUAGGACGUCUUCGCUCUUCGAAAUGGGAGAAGCCCAAGUAUCUCUCCCGAACUCAUAAAAAGUCUCUCUGGCAAGAUUUUGACAACCUUGCCCACCGGGUUCAAUUUGUUUACACGAAGCGGGAGAAAGAACUAAGAGAUGAUGUCCAACAUAAUAUACGUACACUUGCCGAUACAUAUUCCAGGUUCGAAAGUGUAUCCGCAAAGUCGGUGGAAGAGUUCGAACUCCUUGUCCACCUGAUUCAAGUCAGCUACGAUUUCUGCACAUCUACAACCGCACGUGAUUACGCUCGAAGGAUGAGUAAUGCCGGACAAACAAAUCAGGUUCGCGCUGCGGUCAAGACUCUUCGACAGAUUGAGAAGGUUGCUGCGUAUUACCGUGUGCCGGCUACACUCAUACGCGUCUCACACCGCUACCCUCAGUACUUCCGAGCGGAGGGGCUGCGUAUGGAAUACUUGGCUCCCUACGCAAGCGUUCCUACAAGUAUUGGCUAUGAAGACUGGGCGAGAACAUGCCACGUUCAUGCCGAGAUCCAACUCGUGGUCUAUUACGACAUGCGCUCGUGUGAUACUAACAUGGUGGAUGAUCCGAACCAUGAUAGUCUCAUGCCUCGGGUAAUGGGCACAAGCAAAUAUCUAUGCUACUUGUGUUAUCUCUUUAUCAAAUUUCACUCUGGCUUCCCUGCUGCCAACACGCAUGGCAGGCUGUACGAUCAGUGGACAGUACCCGAUCUUGCCGAAUAUAGCCAAGAACAGCGUGAGAGAUACAGGCAGGUCAUCAAAAGCAUGGACGAAGCGAUUAUGACACACGCAUCGAAGCCACCUUGCUGGAGAGCAGAGCCAAUGACGAGCAGAGAGAAUUUGCUCAACAGUGUACAGGAAGAAUCGGCAAUCGUACUCUCUCAAUCAGUAAUUCGAGAUACAGCCAGAAGAUAGCCUCUUAUACUUGCCAUCGCUCCUAGACCCGUCUCGCUAACCGGUUACUUCAGUGCAGUCUUAGCAGAUUAAUUCCUAUGGCCUGGAAUUGGCUGUGCAGUGCGAUGCAGUAAUUAGUC